AAACCAGGUUCCCUGUCAACUUAUAAAAUUUGGGCAUUAGUUCAUAUUGUUCAAUCAUGACUGUGACUUAUACAUCCAGCGUUAAUACCUCAGGUGUAGUUAACAAUUUUCUUAGAUUAUUGAUCAGAUGGCGUGGCAGUAUUUACAAGCUGAUUUGGGUCGAUCUCAUAUUGUUUUUUGGACUGUACUGCUUACUAGCGAUUACAUAUCGCAUGUUGAUCAACGAUGAGGGCAAAAGGUUUUUUGAGGAUAUUGCUUCCUAUUGCAUGAAGAAUGGAGCUCUUAUCCCCCUGUCGUUCGUGAUGGGUUUUUAUGUAACGAUUGUAAUGAAGCGUUGGUGGGAACAAUACAGCACCAUUCCUUGGCCAGAUGGGAUUGCCAUUUUGGUCAGCACCAGUAUCCAUGGAUCCGAUGAUAGAGCCCGCGUUAUGAGGCGAACAAUCCUAAGAUAUGUCUGCUUGUGUCAGGUGAUGGUUUUCACCAUGAUAUCGCCGCGAGUGAAGCGUCGAUUCCCCACGUAUAAUCAAAUCAUUGAGGCUGGGUUCUUACUGGAAAAUGAAAAGAAGAUUAUUGAUACUAUGGAUCAGGCCUUUCCAAAUUAUCCAAAACACUGGAUGCCCAUAGUUUGGGCAGGAAGUAUUGUCAUGAGAGCAAGGAGGGAGAGCAAAAUACGGGAUGAUUACGCAGUUAAGACGAUCAUGGAUGAGCUCAACAAAUUUCGAGGUCGCUGUGGAUUUUUGCUCUACUACGACUGGGUAACUGUUCCACUGGUCUACACCCAAGUGGUCACCCUGGCCACCUACUCGUUUUUCCUCUUCAGCGCUCUUGGACAACAAUGGACGGAAAAUAGCACUCAACAAGGUCUGAGUGUCCUCAGGUGGUUCCCUUUCCUAACCAUUCUUCAGUUUUUCUUUUACAUGGGAUGGCUCAAGGUGGCAGAGUCGUUGAUCAAUCCUUUCGGAGAGGAUGAUGAUGAUUUUGAGCUUAAUUGGAUUAUCGACCGGAAUCUAACUGUCGCUUAUUGCAUUGUGGAUGAGAUGCACCAGGAGCAUCCUGAACUGGUUAAGGAUCAGUACUGGGAACAGGUUUUUCCCAAUGAAAUUCCCUACAAUAUUACAAGCAAGCGCACAGGCCCUCCAGCUUCAUCGACUUCCUAUAUGAAAGUACCACAAAAGAACCUACUAAGAAAAUCAUCAACUAGCGGAAGCUACUUGGAUUUCUUAGAAAUGAACGACCGUCCUUUCCAAGACCAAGACCGUCCUUUUACCAGUAGGCCUUCGCAAUCCAUUGAUUUCUAUGAGCUAGUUGAGCAGCGUCGUCGAGAACGCAAGGAGCGUACCCGCCAUCGAUUCUUAGAUAUGAAAGUCCAUCUUCGCCACGAUAAUUCGGGUACUUUCUACACAAUUACAGUCCCUCGUCCUGCGUCUGAGGAAGUUUCAUCUGAAAACCAGGAAGCCGCAGAAUCUCAGCAGGACCCUUCAAGUGAGAACGACUCUUUAAGUAAGGCAGAAAAGAAAGAUUAAAAUGGAGAGGAAUAACCGGAAA